CAUGCAUGACAUUUAAUAUUUGGGCUAUCAUCACUAUAUACAUGUUUCUUAAGGAAAAACAUAUUAGGAAAAUCAAAAAUUUGAGCUGGGGUAAUUUCUGAAAAUUUGAUGAUUGGACACGGAAUGACCCAAAAGUAACUGCUUGAUUCUUGACUGAAUAUUGCGAUCAGCCCACCAGUGAAGAUCAGCAUGAAUCCAUCAAGAAGAGGCCUUUGUAAAAAAAAAUGGUUUGCACCUUUAUUUGUACAGUAACAACCACAACAGCUGUGUUGAAUUAAUGCUCCCUGUUUGUCAUGUGACCAGCACUGUAGCAAACUACUCUGAAACAUUAUUUGAUGCUUAUUGUACACUGUUUCAGACACACUAUUCUUAAAAAAAAAAUAGUAGGCAGUAUGCACUGUGUACUGGGCAGUAAGCAGAACAGUUGGAACAAUAAAUUGAUUUGUGGAUCAUUUCUGCGAUUUUUCCAAAUGCAUAGCUUAACAUUUUAAACAUCAGAUGGCACUGUGUGCAUUAGAAACAGCCGUACUCUGCUCGCUUCCAGUUCCUUACACACACACCACUGGAGCGGGUGUAGAGCCAUAACACCUGGAGCUAUCUGCUGUUUAAAACUAAGCUCAGAAUCGAUUCCAGAGAGAAUCAUGAUGCUUUCAGACAAUCGCAUCCAUCCACAAACUGAUUUAUCGUUCCACCCCAGUAAGCAUUAAGCAAGUUUGCCAUUCUGAACACAGCCAUUGAGUCAUUCAUUCAUUUGAUUCAUUCAAAUGGAUUAAUUUUAGGGACAUAUAACUGCAUUCUAUAGGCUCCGUCAAGCACUGAGUUCUGCAUCAUGUUCGUCACCAAUCAACUUAUUACUGCAGGAGCGAUUAGAGAGCAGACACUCUGUAUGAAUACUUUGAUGUCAAACACGAUCAGUCUGCCACUUUAAGCUGAACACACCUUAAGAGAUGUAUGUAGGUCUUGAGACCAGAUGGAGGAGAAACAUCCUUGUGUCAAAACUGUAUUGAAAACUCACUCACAGACUGAAAGUUUCAUCUGCCGUCAGUGUGGAAAGAGAUUGACAUGCAAUGAAAGUCUCAAAGUCCACAUGAGGAUCCACACUGGAGAGAAGCCAUUCACAUGUGAUCAGUGUGGGAAGUGUUUUGCAGAUAAAAGAAGCCUUAAGCUGCAUAUGAGAGUCCAUUCGGGGGAGAAGCCGUUCAUUUGUGAUCAGUGUGGGUUGAGUUUCACACAACCAUCAAACAUUAAAAGACACAUGAAGAUCCACACUGGAGAGAGGCAGCACACAUGUGAACUAUGUGGAAAAAGUUUUUCACAACUGCAAAGUCUAAAAGAGCAUACGAAAAUGCAUACUGGUGUGAAAGAUCAUAUGUGCUUUAAGUGUGAGAAGACUUUCAUUUCAGCUAAAGUUUUAAAACGACACCAGAUGAUCCACACUGGAGAGAAACCCUACAUGUGUUCACACUGCAACAAGAGAUAUAGUCGUUCAGAACAUCUGAAAACACAUGAGAGGAUCCACACUGGAGAGAAACCUUAUAUGUGUUCACACUGCGAUAAGAUAUUCAGUCUGCCAGGAGACCUGAAAACACAUGAGAGGAUUCACACUGGAGAGAAACCUUAUAUGUGUUUACACUGCAACAAGAGAUUCAGUCGGUCAACACAUCUGAAGACACAUGAGAGAAUCCACACUGGUGAGAAACCAUACACGUGUUCACACUGUGAUAAGAGAUUCAAUCAGUCAGGAGACCUGAAAACACAUGAGAGGAUUCACACCGGAGAAAAACCGUUUCAAUGCACUGCAUGUGGGAAGAGUUUCACUCAAAAAUCGAAUCUACUCACGCAUACAAAAAACAAUCACAACGCAGCAACAGGAGAAAGAAACAACGUCUAAAGUUUUCACCAUUCAUUGAAAAUAAAGAUCAUCAUUUCAUCUAUGAGGUUCAGACGGUUGUUUUGGACAUUUUGUUUUUUACAUAUACAAACUCUUCCGUUCAAACGGUUCAGGAAGCUAAGAAGAGAAUGCAAAACUUUAAAGAGAAACUUUUAUUUUUUCUUUAGUUCUAUUUUAUUGAGCCACUUUGGCUUUUUUAUAAAUCAAUAAAAAGAGAGAUCUCUCACACUG